ACGCAUCUGUGAAUACAAACUGCCCAAGGCAAUCGCUGAUUCACAAGACAAUGCGAAUACAGAACGUUAUUUGAAUCCACAUCACGACCUUUUUGUCUUAGUCGAAAAGUCUACGUUUAUGAAAUUCGAUGGAGAAAUUGAGUUUCGAGCUAAUCUAGAAAAACGAAUUUCGUCCGAAAUGAUCCGAUCUAGGAUGCAAGAUAUAACCAAACAUGACAAGUCAGUCCAACAAGUCAACGUCGUUAAUUUCGUUUUCAACGGUAACCACCACACACUUGAAACUGUUACACAUGCAAUGAAUUUUGGUACAGUAUCCGUGGUAGUAAAAGGAUCAAAAGGUGUGGCGGACAAAAUAGCAUAUGAGGUCGAAAGCACGACUGAUAAUCAAAAACGACAAGGUUUGGCGGAGAACAUAGCAUAUGAGGUCAAAAGCACGACUGAUAUCCACAAACGGAAAGAAAACUUAGAAUAUGUAUACACAAAUAUACACGACGAGGAUUAUAAGGAAAGGAAGAACAUGAAAGCAUUUCAAGCAACUCUCCAUGAAAAGCCAUACCUUUUAUGGGUUUGUGAUCUGCAAAACAUGCCUGACAAAUUUCAUGAAAGGAUUUCUGACAUAUAUUGGAAAGCAAAGUGGAGUGAAAAACAUAUUGCGUCAGUUCUCGAGCGCGACCUAUUUGUCGUUUCCAACUUACUGGCGUCUACAGAUUGCAGUCUUUGCAAUACGGAUGACCUCGUGUGUUAUUUUUGUAUUCACGAUUAUAUCGAACCUGUUAGAAUCUUAGUUCAGCAUCUUGGCUCGAUGGAUUCAGUUAAGAUAGGCGCUUUGCAAUUCAAGAAAAUGUGCAAUGAAGCUGAUACAGAUGGAUUGCUGAAAGGCUUACGUCGAAAGUUAAUUGUUCCUCCCGCAAACAAGGACCUUGCAACGAUUAUGGAGGUUAUACAGAUAAUGAAGGCGCGUCCAGUUCGAGGCACUAUAGUUGACAAGGAAGUGUAUGACCAUUGGAAGCCUCAUCCUGACGUCUCCUCUAACCCAACGCAGAAGAACAGAGUAUUAUGUUGUGGAGAGAAGAAAGAGAAGAAAGGUGGUCAAGGUUCAGUUGAGUCUAUUGAGUCCCAGAACAGGUUCUUGCCAUACUGGAAUUACUUGUAUUUGUGGGCUUGCAUGAUGCGUAAACAUAAGUUGGCGGAAAUACUCUUGCGAAAAGUGGAGAAUCCGAUCGCCAUGGCUCUGAUAACAUAUAAUUUGUUGAAGGCUGUGGAACGACAAACGGACGACAAAGUGCUAAGACUGAAAUUCAGAAAUACAUUAAGUAUGUAUAUAUACCAUUGA